ACCCGAAGUCACGGCAACUCCGGCGCCGUCAGAGCCAAGUUUGCCCGAAAUCUGCCGGCGCUGGCCAUCGGUCGCAGAGUUCGCCGAUUAAAGGGCUUAACGCAGAGCGCCUACCAGUGCUCUCAUAUGCAGUGCCGGUGCUCUCAAAACCAAAGCCAACAAUAUUUGCAUUGCAUUGGAAAAGUGAUUACCAUUUGUUUCGGUGCUUAUCAUCGCAUCCAACGCUUCCACCCGUCGACUGACCAGCCAUUGGCCAUCACAGGAGUCGGUCGGGCGCUCACCCCUCGCACCCCCACUACCGCCCCCUCACAACUCAGUCAUCCAAUCAGUGAUUUUGUUAUCAUUUUUCAAGUGUUUGGUGGUAACCAAUUGGUGGACACAAUGCCCGCACCACGAGAUGGACAUAUCGUUAAGAUCGCCGUCGAAACGGACCCGUCUUUUGCCGGAAACUAUAUGCCGCAACUGUUGGAGUUCGACCAGAACCGGCCGCUGUCGGCCAUAAUCCAAGACCUGUGCACCGGAUGGGCGCUGACGGACGGCGACCACUACGCCCUCCAAUUCAACGAUCAGACCAACGCAUACAUCACCGAACGGAACCGCAAUGAGAUCAAGAACGGAGCCGUUCUUCGCAUCACACACUCGCCCUCCCGUACGGCUCAGGACAUACUCGACAAACUCCAGUUCGAGUCCUCUGAGUCCCGGUUCGCCACAUAUAAACGACUCGUCAAACUGUCCACCGAUUAUACCUUUGCGCUCGAGUUUAUCAACAAAUCCGGUCUUCAGUUUGUCAUCGAUUCCAUCGAAAAGGACGAGAUAUCGCCCAACGAUGGCUUCGCGUUCGCGUUGGAGAGCUUUGUGGAGCUCAUGAAUCACUCGAUCAUAUCGUGUACGGCAACCAAUAAGGACAACUUAGAGCCCAAAUUCAUCGGCAAAAUCGCACAUCAGGUCAACUCAUCGAACCAAUCGUCGACCGACAAGAAAGAGUUGAUCCACUCGUUGGCCAUUUUGGAGUCUAUAGUGAUAUCGAGCGCUAAGUUCAACGUCUUGGUGGAGGCGGAGGUGACGCUACCGAACCUGAUAUAUCUGGUGUCACAGAAUCAACACAAUCAGGAGAUCCAACAGAACUCCAUAGCACUGAUCAACGCCUUGUUCUCGAAGUCGGAUCUAUCGAAACGCAAAGCAAUGGCCGCCACUCUGUCCGGCAAACACAUUCGUAACGUCAUUCUGACCACUGUAUUGAACCCGAGGGUCGCUGUGGGCAACGACUCCAGCGGUCAGACGUAUAACGUCGGGUCAGAGAUGGCCCACCAGUUGUAUGUAUUGCAGACAUUGCUCUUCAAUCUACACGAAGAGCGCAUGAAUUUAGUGGUCAACUCAGGCAACGAACUAGACGUGAAAGAGCGCGUACAGGAGCUCCGGAAGAUUGCCUUCGACUCAGAUAUUGGUGUUGAACGGAACCAGUCCUCCAAGAGUUUGGUCUCGUCGUCACUGAUCUCGUCGACCAAAGGCGACGCCUUUCAGGACGACUACAAGAGGUUGGGCUUUACGAACGGCAAAGACCCGGUCCAAGACUUUACCGAAUCGCCCGGUGUUCUGGCUCUGGAUCUACUCGUGUAUUUGGCCCGCAAUCACACCGACACUUAUGUCAAGUUUGUUCUGGAGAACUGUUCCCGCAGUGAUCGCGAACACGAGUGUCCACUCGUCAAGUCUACCGUACAUUUGGGCCGAUUGUUGUGCGAAAUACUGAAGGUAUCGGAAGCGCCCAGUGAUGAGGGAAAGACAUUUUACCCGAUGUUCUUCACACACGAUCACCCGUUGGAAGAGUUCUAUUGCAUUGCGGUAUCGCUGCUGAACAAGACCUGGAAGGAAAUGAGGGCCACAGUCGAGGACAUUGUCAAAGUGUUUAGUGUUUUGCGCCAACAGUUGAUCCGAGCGAUGGCCGACUCCGAGGCGACCGUCAGUUUCGACAAAUUGCGGCUCAAAUUGGCGUCACUUUCGUAUUCAGUGAUCACUAGUUUGUGGCAAAAGGAGAGAAGUAAUCGCGAAGAGUGGGAGAACAAGGCCUGCGCUAUACUAGAGUUGCGGGAUUUGGUUAAACCCGAGAUCAUUGAACUCAUUAAAGAGCAACGAUUGUUGCGGGAUUUGGUUAAACCCGAGAUCAUUGAACUCAUUAAAGAGCAACGAUUGGUGUUUCUCACCGAAGGGACCCGUUUUGACAAGUAUUCAAACAAAGGCGUGCGAAUCAAAGACAAGUUCUGGUACUGCCGGCUGUCAACCAAUCAGAAGUUCUUGUGUUACGGCGAUUGCGACGAGAAUCGGGUGCUUUCGGUGGACGAGUUGACCCACAAGUUCGCUGUGAUUGACAUCAAACAACUGGUGAUCGGCAAAGACUGUCCGCAUAUGAAGGACAUGAAGACGUCGAAGAAGUCUACGUUUUCGUUGGCCUUUUCGCUGAUACCCGACGCCGAAGAGGAGUCGCCCUUGAAUUUUGUGGCCCAAAACGAGAAGGUCUUUGACUAUUGGAUUGACGCCAUUAACGGGCUGUUGGGUCAGGAGAUGACCAGCAAAGAGACCAACAAUGACUUGGAAACACUCCUUUCGAUGGACAUUAAGAUACGAUUACUCGACACCGAAGGCGUAACGAUUCCCGAACGCCCCCCAGAGAUACCCCCUUCGCCUCCCAAUUAUGACUUCAAUACAAAGUAU